AUGCCAAGUCCUCGGCGGGUCCUCCUCCUUCUUGCAGCAGCAUUCGCUGCAGCACUGCUCUGGCUGACAUCCCCGGAAUCUGGGGCAACUUUUGCCUCCCUUGAGACAUUCCACAAGCACGCCAAUGAUGUGGUACGUCGUGCGUUUGGGGUGGCUGAUGUGGAUGCCGUGACCGUUGCAGUGGCAGGCGAAGACAUGACAGCCAACGACCCUUCAGAUUUCGCUGAGCUUUCUCACAACGAUCUUGUGCAGCUUCCGUUGCAGGAGAUUUGGCACAUGGCUUCAUCAAGGAAGGGUCUUGUGAAAGUUGCUGCCGCCGCCUGCAGCGCAAUGAACAACAGGCCCUUGCCAUCAUUGCUGGAAGGCCUUUCUUACACUGGAGACAGCGAGAAAAAAAGCAGCCUGCGAGAGGUAACUGACUGCUCCUGUGGCUUCCCUUGUCGCAUGUCCUCUCAAGGAAAGCUUGAGGCUGUCGAGCCUUUGGGCAUCAAGGAAAGAGUCUGGAUUGGGUUCAUCGUCGUGCAGCUACGCAACGGCAGUCUUCAGAAUGGUGAUGCAAGCAGACGCGGCCAGGACGACAACUCGUCGCUCGUGGCCGCGCCUAGAGUGCUGGUGCACGUGGCUGGCCACAGAAACCAGGGAGUUGGAAAUCUCCUGCAGGGCUUGAUCACUUCUCUGCAACUGGCGCUGCUGACUGGCAGGGCCUUCAAGAUGGACUGGCCCAAGCUGGCAGAGGCAGUGCAGCCGCGGUACCUGAAUUGGGAUGAACAGAUGGGAGAGGACUGCGCAGUCGAGAAGACGGAGCUGUGGAACUUUGAUCAGGUCAAGGAUGUCUUUCUACCAGUCAGGAUGGCAAGAAGCAACAUCUCAGUUCUUCACUUCACAGGAAACUGGGGCUGCUUGCUGCCCAAGGGCUGGGGCAACUUGACAGGGAUUGGUCUACCAGAUGUUCCUCUACGCCACGCUUUCCCGCGCAAGGCUCAGCUCUGUGGCUGCCUCCUUCACUUUGCCUUGGGCUCGCGUGAGCCCCUUCGUAAAGCUAUUGAUCACGUGCUGGGCGGAGAUCCAAGACAGAUAGCCCUGCAGCUUCGUACGGGGGAUUCGGCGCAAGGCUCCGCGCUGGGUUUCAUGGUUGGCACCGGCAAUACUGGUGCAGACCUCCGGCCGGUGAUCUCUGAUAGGCUUUGGGGUCUCGGCAGCCCCAAUAGGGCUGCAACUGUGAUGGCGACAUGUUUCAGGCAGCUCUGUCAACAUCUUUUCCUUCGACCCUUGAGCCCCUUGAGCUUGCGCGGCCCGCUUCGGCCGGGUCGGGAGCGUUGUUUGGGUUUCUUCGAGACAGAUAACUUCGAUGCGAGGCACACAGUGCAGGAACUACCGGAGAACGGUGCAGCAGUUCUCAAGACCUCCAGCUUUGGUCCCCACCACAGCAUGGAUGAGUCGGCCACUACUAUUACCCUGGCCUCGUUACUUGCCAUGGCGUCGCAUGACGUCCUCCUUGUGACCUUUGGUGGCAUGGCAGACACGGCGACACAGAUCGGUCCUGCUAUUCGGCCCGGUGCGAGGUCCUUCAGCUUCGAGCGCUUCUUGGAGGCCCGGGCAUGGCGUAACCAGUCUGAUGACACGGACCUUUGCAAUCCUAGCUUUCAGCCGGAGCAGCCUGAGGAUAUGGAGAAGGAAUAA